AUGCGCUCCCAACCAUUUUUGCUACUACAAUGGUUCUCUAUCGCUGAAUUCGCGGCCGGGGAGGUGGAGAAUUUCAAAGAGUAUCAGAAAAAGGCUGUUGGAGAGUAUCUGCCCGCUCUGCCUUUACGAACUAAGGUCUUUGGCUCGAUAUUUCAAACCGCAUACUAUUUCAUCGACAUAUUUCUCGGCGCACCGCAUCCCCACGAGUUCUCGAUGAUCAUUGAUACGGGGAGUAGCACUCAAGGGCUGCCCUGUUCGAAUUGCCAAUCCUGCGGAUCGUCUCAUUGGGAGAAACCAUAUGAUAUCACAAAAUCGGAGUUUAACGAACGAAUACCUUGUGGCAACUGCACCACAUGUCGGUUAAAUACCGAUAAGGAUACCUUGCAGUCCCUUGCUUCCCCCUUGGUAUCGUAUGCGGAUGAUCCGAGUCAAUUUUCCAGCGAAGCCGCUAAGUUGCUUUUGGGAGACGCGGAUGCCAUGCAAUGCUUGUACAAUGUGCAUUAUGCAGAAGGCAGCAGACUACAAGGAUUAUUUUACAAUGACGUCAUGUGGAUGAACAUCGAUAAAGCUAAGAAUAAGGAUCCGACCAUCAUGCCCCCGGCGAGUGACGAAGAGCUUGACAAGUGUCCCGCAUUCCCCUUGGAGCCGGGACCAUCGUUGCCUAUCAUAGCUCCGGUUGGAUGUCAUAUCGAGGAAACACAUUUGUUCCACGACCAAAAAGCAUCGGGGAUCUUGGGAUUGGAGUUUUGGGGUACGCGGGGAAUUACGACUUUCCCCACAUCAAUAUUGAACAGCAUGAAAGCACUUUACCAAGGUUCGAAACGGGUAACAUGUUCUGACAACGUGCAGGCGGUUGCUGAAGGCGAUGAUUUCCGCUACGAAUUUGCUUUGUGUCUAUCGCCCAAAGGAGGCAGCAUGAGCUUUGGGGGACCGAACUCUGCGUACCACGCCAAGGCGGCUAAGCGGACGACACUCCCGUUGCUAGCGCAUGCUUGGAAGUCGCAGUCGUACACGGUGGGACUGACCCACAUCCAUGUGAUGAAGAACGCCACACUGUCUCCGGUUCUGCACUCGCCCGAGUACUUUGCGCUCCAGAAAAAUGACUCCAUGUGGAUCGACGUACCCCUCCACCACCCGGCGCAGGUGACCCAAUCGGACAAAAAGGUGGUCGCCAUCGUGCCGACUUUGGUGGACAGCGGGACCACAUUGACGUAUCUGCCGCCGCGGCUUUUUGGCGAGAUCCUGUUCCACAUAGAGAACCGGGUCGCUGUUAACACGGGCAUUCGGGACCGACAGCGGUAUCAGACGCGCAGCCUAGGCCGUGUGAGUCCGGAGUCGCUGUUCAGUGCGCCCGACACGACGGUAGUGCUGCGGGAAAGGUUCAUGAGUGAAAAGGAGCGCGGCGACCAGCUCGAGUUUAUCCCCGUGGCCACGGCCGCGGUAUCCACGGGCCCGAAGCGUCUCAUUCGCGUGUCCGCCGUCGACUCGCCGGCCAGCACCGCUGACCGACGAUUGCGGGCACAGAUCCGCAACGAGCUGGCGCGGCGGCUCCCACAGCCCGGGCGGCGACUGUCGGAGAGCCGGCCGACUUGGUACGCGGUGCUCGAACCCAGUCCCGACCCACUGCACGAACCGCUCGACGCCCUCGUUGGUUUUUUGGACGUGCCCGAGAGCAUGGAGGGGGCGGCACCGCGCGCACUAAUCUCCAAGCUGGACGGCUACAACAACGGCGAGUGCUGGUGGCUGCAGGACAAAAACAAAGACCUGCCGCUGUUCCCCAUGUUGCAGUUCACCUUUUCCAACGGGCAUACGCUUCAUUGGCACCCGCUGAGUUACAUGUACAGCGGGAGCAACCAGCACUUCUGGUGUCUCGCCAUCAUGACGGACGCCGGCCGCGCACCCCCUGGCGAGGAGCAGCUCGACUCGGAAGCCAUCUUCGGCUCCAACUCCUUCAUCUACCACGACGUCAUCUUCCGCCUCAGCAGCCCGCCCGCCCUCGACCACGAAAACGCGGACGACCUCGCCCACGCGCCCCAAGGCAAGCCCCACGAUUACACCGUCCACCCCUCCGCCACCGUGGAGGUCAUCGAAGCUGACUGCCCCCUCGUCCCCAUCGACAAGGCCAGCCGUCGCGCCUAG